AUGUCAAGCAAUGAGACGUUCGCGGCGGUGCCAGAUGCCAUAGCAGAAAAUUCCCCUACGUUCACUGCUAAAUUCACUUUUUCACAGACGCCGUAUUCAAAGACACCACCGGAUAUCGAUUAUCGCAGACGACGAUGGGCUUUCUGCGCGCCGGAAAUAAACCAGGAACCAGCAGGACGAGGCAAUGUGAAAUGCCCCGCAGUGAUUCUCAUUGAUGGACAUCAAUGCGAUUUCGUUUUAACCAUAACUUACCUACACAGCGAUCAAUGCGGAAGUCGGAAAAUUGCCGCCGCGGAAAAGCUGAAUAAAGCAAAUUUGUCUGCACUAAUGCACGCAUUAUCGACGAAGCAUCGAACUGGGAUCGGAUUGAGUUUUAGUCAAAGGGUGAUCGACAGCAGCGUCGACAGCAGCAGAAGAGCCUCGCCGUCCAGAGAAAAUUUGUCAGCGUUUGAACUUCGAUUCGACUCGUCUCCGCCGUAUCAUUUGUGUCGCAAAUUGGUCCUUGAAAGCUUGAUCAUUUUUAACGAAAUUUCUCGUGCACAAAUAUUCACUGGAAAACUUGGCGGCGUUUCAGAGAAUGGAGCCUCGGAGCAAUUUGAACCGGGCCGCCAGCGAGACGAGCAAGCG